AGAUACCCAAGAGAAUUUAAGCAGGAAUCCAGAAUCCAGUGGCACUGCACUUGCCUUGUUUCAAGUCCAGCCAUUAAAAUGAAGGGAACGCUGCUGAGCUUUGCAGCCCUGCUGCUUUGUGGGCUCUCAUUUGCUGGGCCUGCUGGGAAACAAGAGGCCCAAGACUGCAGCAGCGUUAUGUGUUCAGAAGGUGAACGGUGUCAUGUGGUGGGCAGUCAAGCCACAUGUUUGAGCAUCGAUUUCACUUUACCAGAUUUAUUCUCUACCGAACCUUUUUUCCCACCAGAGUUUUCUACAGAAAUUCCUGUAACUUUAGAAACUUCCACUACUACUACAACCACACAAACCACCACCACUGCCCCCCCUAUCACUCCCCCUUCUGGACCAGUGGGGACUUGCUGGGUCAUGGGUGAUCCACAUUAUCGCACAUUUGAUGGCACCUACUACAACUUCAUGGGCAACUGCAUGUACAUCAUGGCAAAGAACUGCCGUGAAGACAGUGAACACCCAGCCUUUGAAGUACAGACCAAGAAUCAACGCGUUGGCAGCUCAAAAUCCACUUCUGUAGAGAUGGUGAAAAUUACAGUCUAUAAAACCACUGUCACCAUUGUCCGGCACCAAACCGGGCUUGUUAUAAUUAACAACUCACUGUGGAACCUUCCCAUUACCCUGGACAAUAACAGAGUGAAACUCACGCAGAGUGGUCUCUCAGUAGUUCUGGAGACAGACUUUGGUCUAUCAGUGCAGUAUGACUGGGAGCAAUAUCUGGUGGUGAAGAUACCAGAAAGCUUUAUGGGAAGAAUGUGUGGAAUGUGCGGAAACUUCAACGGGAAGAAGGAUGAUGACCUCACUACUCCCAGUGGCUCUGUGGCGAGCAGUAUUCCAGCACUGGGAAAGAGCUGGAGGGUCCCAGGUUUACCUGAGGAUUCCACCUGCACUGAUGAUUGUACAGGGCAGUGUGAGAGCUGUAAAUCAGAACCCUGGUAUGAUCUCUUAGCAGCAAAGGCUUUCUGCGGCUUUGUUGCGGUUCUCUCUCACGGUCCACUCCGAAAAUGCAAUACUCUUAUUGAUACUGAUGUGUUUUAUAAGAACUGCCUGCUGGACUACUGUAUGGGAAAAGGGUACAGGAGUUUUCUCUGCAGAACUGCGCAGACUUACACAGAUGCCUGUCAACGUUCGGGAAUACAAGUGUACGACUGGAGAAACCUCUUCAACUGUCCUAACCCACAGUGUACUGAAAACAGCCACUUUGAAUACUGUGGAACUCCAUGUCCUGCAACCUGUGAGAACCCUGAUGCUCCUGCAACAUGCAAAGUGGCCUACUGUGUGCAAGCCUGUGUCUGUAAUGAGGGAUAUUACCGCAGUGGUAACAAGUGUGUUCCUAAAGCUCAGUGUGGCUGUGUGUACAGUGCUGAUGGGGAGAAACGCUACUUGGAAGCAAACCAGACCUUUUGGGCAGAUGAUACCUGCCAAAAGCAGUGCACCUGUAACCCAAACACCAAACAAGUGGACUGUAAAGCAACCAGCUGUCCAUUUGGGCAGGAGUGCAAAGUCGUCAAGAACAUUAGAAACUGCUACCCAGUUUCCACAGGAACCUGCAACAUCUACGGUGACCCCCAUUACAACACUUUUGACGGCAGCACCUACACCUUCCAAGGCACUUGCACUUACACUGCUGCUCAAGGCUGCCACCUGGAGGGAACCCAACUCACUCCAUUUGAAGUUGUAGUAGAGAAUGAGAGAUGGUAUGGGAUCCAGCUAAGUCCAAAUGUUUCUGCAGCUAAAGUUGUUGCUGUGGAGGUGUACGGUAUGACCUUAGUGCUGCGGAGGAAUCAGCUACACCAGAUAAUGAUAAAUGGGAUCUUGACCAACAUCCCUGUGAAUCUGAACGAGGGAAAAGUGAUAGUCCAGCAGGAGGGAUAUCAAAAUGUUAUCACGACAGACUUUGGCCUGAGAGUCGCGUAUGAUAUGGUUUUCCACGUCAGCAUCACACUGCCCAGCAGCUACCAUGGGAAGACCUGUGGCUUGUGUGGAAACUUCAAUGGUAACAAGAACGAUGACUACAUGCUGCCAGACGGUAAAGAAACCAAAAAUAUUCAGACAUUCGGAGCUGCGUGGAUGGUGGCUGUUCCUGGUGUUGUGUGUGAUGAUGGCUGCAGUGGAGACUUCUGUCCAAAGUGUCCUGCAGACAAGAAAGUUAUAUUUGAAAAUGACUGCAGCAUUAUAACCAACCCUGACGGUCCAUUCGCUGCUUGCCACGGUGUCAUUAAACCUGAAUCCUACUUCAGAGAUUGUGUCUAUGAUGUCUGUAUGGGUGACGGAGAUUCAGACAUGCUCUGUCACAGCAUCGCUGCUUACAUGAUCGACUGCCAGGACUUUGGAGUCACUGUUGAAAACUGGAGAACAACAACAUUUUGCCCUCUCAAAUGUCCUGCCAACACUCACUAUGAAGUCUGCGCCCAGUCAUGUGACACACCCUGUCCUGGACUCACUAAAAUCAUCAACUGCGAUGUUCAGAUCUGUGCUGAAGGCUGCAUGUGUGACUCUGGAUUCUAUAAUGAUGGGACAGGAUGCGUUCAAGCAGAUCAGUGCAGCUGUUAUGAGAAUGGACACACAUAUAAGAUUGGUCAGACUGUCAUUACUGAACACUGUCAGGAGCGUCUAACUUGUCUUCCCUCUGGUGAAGUAAAGCAUGAGAGCAUGAAGUGUAAUAAUGAUGAAGUUUGCAGAGUUAAGGAUGGAGUACUCGGGUGUUAUCCAAACCAAUGCAUGUUGGGGGCUGGAGGCUCCUUCACGCUCUUCAGUGGAGAAGCAUGGACUUUCACAUCUACAGGAGCUUUUGAUUUAGUGAAAGUGUGUGAUGAAACUGUGGAGCUUGAAUGGUUCCGUGUGGUGGUGCAGGUGCAAGCCUGUGGGCAGACAGGUCUGAGUGAAGUUGCUGCUUUGCACGUGUUCUUUGAAGAUAUGUCCGUCACUGUCGGUGCAAAGCAGGAUAUCUGGGUCAAUGGUAAGAAGAGUGAUGCUGUAGAAAUAAAUGGCAUUUCAGUGAGCGUUCAAGAAGGAAUUGUUGUCAUUAAUAAGGGAUCUGAACUCACAGUGUCCUACAGUUUAUCAGAGGAGAUUAUAGUGACUGUAAGUGAGGUGAUGGCUGGAAAGGUUUGUGGUGCCUGUGGAAAGCUUAAUACUAAAGAGACCAUUAAUAAUGAAAACAUAAACACCUACAUGACUGAAUUCAGAGCAUCUGAUUUUCCCCAGUGUGGCAUGUGAACCCUACAGCUGUGGAACAGAUCUGCAUGAGUCUUAAAUAAUUCCUGAAGUCACAGUUAUCCUGCAACGAUAUAUAUAU